UCAACCGGAACGGACCGGACCUGACCGGGGUAAACCUUCCACGCAACGGGAAGCCAGAUAUUCUCUGCUAUAGACAGUCCUCAGAUCGGAUACUAUCGAUAUAGUGAGUGCCAGUGUUUCUGCUCCUCUCAAGCUACCAGAACAUUGAAACGGACAAUCAAAUGGCAAACGUGAAACCCAACCUUGCCAUCCUGACGCUUAUUACCCUGUGCAUUGCGCACGUGCGCGCCUUCGUUGUCAAGGAUGGUAACUGCACACUCGUGACAACCAAUCUGCCGGUGGUGGAGAGCUUUGAAGUGGAAAAGUACAUCGGAAAGUGGUACGAGCUGGAACGGUACGAGCAGCCAUUCCAGCGCAAUCAUGACUGCGUGACGACCCAGUAUCGGCGCAGCGAACCAAUCGGCAAACUGCAGGUCACGACACGGGGCUUCUUCAACGGAACGCACCGUAACUUCACCGACAUUGGUGUGUUCAGCGACGUAAGCAAUCCGAAGGAGGCCAAAUUCAAGAUAAACCUAGCCAAAGCGACCAACACUUCCAACUAUUGGAUCGUCGACACGGAUUACACGAACUAUGCGAUCGUCUACACCUGCACACCGAUCGUGGAAUCGGACCAAUCGGUCGAAGGCUACUGGUUGCUGUCUCGUACGAGCAAACUUACGGACACGAAGGAGGUGCUGGAGCGCGUGAAUUAUCUACGAUCGACCUACUUCGAGCCAGGACACAUACGUCGGACCAACCAGACGGAGGAACUCUGUGGCAAGGAGCCGGAACAACCAGUAACACCCAGCACGAUGAUUUUGCCUCCACUGUAGAGACGACUGCCCCAAUACCGAGAGUGACGACCAUCACCACCAGCAUCGUUCAUCUAUCAUUAAGCGUCAAUUAGAAUGUAAGCAUCCAAUCUGACCUCUGACCUUCGAUGGUUGAUGUAUUGGACUGGUAGACGAGAGCGCUAUCACCAGAGCCAGUCAGCGCAUGUGUGUGUGUGUGGAUGGCUACAAUUGGAAUACAAAUAAACAGAUUCAUUGGUUCGCCGAC